CUUCAACGGAAGUGGCAUAUUUGAAAUCUGGCAGUUAAAGUCUAGCAUUACUUCGCUUUGCUAUGUAUGGUCUACGCUAGUUCUCGUCUGAAGAAACUUUUUCGUGGCAGGCCUAAGUACGAUGGAGGAAGAGGAGCAUACAGACAGAAAGCAGAAGCUUGCCAUGCUUUAUCAAAAGAUUAACAAAAUCAAGAAGUGUCUCAAUGAAGAUGACACAGACAAUAUUAACCAAGUCAUUGGCUCAAACUUGCCUGAAUCAUGCCUGUCAUAUUUGAUGGACCUGGAGAAGAAGGGGGACCCUCACUUGGAUAGUAAUCAUCUCACCAGGCUCAUUGACUUUUAUACCAGAGUGUUCUCCAACAUGCCACUGGGAAAACACUGUCACAAUGAGAGCUAUGCAAAGAUGUUGGUCAGAUUUGCAGAGCUGAAAGCAAUUCAAGAUAUCAAUGAGGCAGAGGCUAACUUCAAUGUGGCGAGAUCUCACAGCCAGAAUUUUGCAUUUGUCCACAUUGCACAUGCACAGUUUGAGCUUUCUCAAGGCAACACAAAGAGAGGCAUCUACAUAUUGCAGAAUGCUAUUGAAGUGGGUGCUAAACCAAAAGAACAGCUGGUGGCUGCCUUGCGGAGCAUUCAGACUGGAAAACCACAACUCCAGUGCUCAGAGGAUAAGGAAAAUGUACUAGUACCCAACAGUAAUGUGCAGGACUCUGUCAAAAAAGUCUCAGAGUUACAAAAAGUAAGCAGAAUGUCAGAUGGGACAGGUGACUUGCUGCUCUCGAGUAUUUUUGUUUCGGGGAGGGAUUCCCUUGGUGGAGCAUCAGAUGACCAACUACCAGGUUGGAGGACAGGAUCUCACCGCAAGAGAGCAACUGGAAUGCCAGCAAGAGUUCCCAUAGUACCUUUCUCAAUCCCAGAAAAGGAUGAUGACUACAAUAAUGGGAAGGCCUCCAAAGGAAGUGAUGCAUCCAUCCCCGCGAGUUUGUCCAGGCAAACAUCUGGUUCAAAUGUGAACCCAAUAUUUGGGCUAUCCUCCUCAAAGAACAGUGCUGCAGAUUGGGAUUCAGUCUAUGUUCAACCACCAGCUCUCAGUCCAGAGAAAUGCCUCUGGGAGGACCAGGCAGCUGUAGACUCAACCACAACUCUCCUUCAAAACCAUGGCACAAAGGACGCCUCAAAAAUUCAAGAUGUAACUUUGAGUUUUGAUCAAAUCGUCAAUUCCAAGUCUCCUGAGUCAUGCUGGACAUGCCUUACCAACCUGGAGAAGAGAGGCAACCCUCACACAGACAUCAACCUUCUUAAUAAGCUCAAGGACUGUUAUGCUAAAGUCUUCUCCAGGCUGCCAAUCAGACAGUACAGCAAAAACACUGCCUACGCCAGAAUACUAGUCCGAUAUGCAGAACUAAAGGGGAUUGAAGAUCCAGAUGAAGCAGAGGACUACUUCGUAGUUGCAAGAUCCAACUGCAAAGCCUUUGCCUUUGUCCACAUUGCACAUGCCCAGUUUGAGGUCUCUCAAGGUAAUCUCCUCAAAGGAACAUCAAUUCUGCACAAAGCUCAGGCAUUAAAUGUGAAGCCACCUGAGCUCCUGGAGAUGGCCAUACGUAACCUUAAAGCUGGAGAAAAACAACUACUGCCCACCAGUGAGGAGGCUCCUCCCACAGAUAUGAAAACUCCAGUAAUGUCUGUGUGUGGGGGAAUCCAGGAAGUGCAGCUUCCUGCUCGCGUCCCUGUGAAUCGUUCAGUAGAACGGCCUAAACCUGCCAGCAAGGAGCCCUUAUCAGACUGGAAGAUCCCAACUUCCAUCAACCGGCAUGUUUCUCCAGAGGAUAAACGGACUACGCCUCCUGAACCCAGACCCAUUCCUCGUCUGCCAGAGUCUUUCCUUACGCCAUCCCUCCAAUUUUCAUCCAAAGUUGAUUCGGUCUACCAAACACCUAACAACUACAGAAAUCCAGCUGCUAACAGUUUUAUUACUCCUGUUGUAAAGAGAGGCCCCGAGGUGUCUUCCUCUGCUGCAGCAGCACACAGAGCUGGGCCUGCUCAGCAGCCAUGCAUACCUCUAAAUCAAACGCUGUGUGCCCAGACACCACAGGCUUCUAUUAGUGCAUUGUCCAAUGAGUCCAUUACCAUUAAGGGGAAGCAGUUCUUCAUUCUGAAGAUGAUUGGACGUGGUGGAUCAAGCAAGGUCUACCAGGUGCUCGACCAUAAAAAGCAGCUGUAUGCAGUGAAAUAUGUCAACCUGGAGGAGGCUGAUGCUCAGACAAUAGAGAGUUACAAAAAUGAAAUUGAACAUCUGAACCACUUGCAGCAGUACAGCGACCAAAUUAUAAAGCUCUAUGACUAUGAAAUAACCAACAGCUAUAUCUACAUGCUGAUGGAGUGUGGAAACUUGGAUCUGAACACUUGGUUGCGAAACCGCAAAACUGUGAACCCUCUAGAGAGGAAGUUCUACUGGAAGAACAUGCUGGAGGCCGUCCAUACCAUCCACAAACACGGAAUUGUUCACAGUGACUUGAAGCCAGCUAACUUUGUCAUAGUGAAUGCUUCGCUGAAAUUGAUCGACUUUGGCAUUGCAAACAGAAUCCAACCAGAUGUAACGAGCAUUAUGAAGGAUUCACAAGUAGGAACUCUAAACUAUAUGCCCCCUGAAGCCAUCAAAGACACGUCAUCCCAGACAGGAAAAGCACGCUCAAAGAUCAGCCCCAAAGGUGAUGUAUGGUCACUCGGAUGCAUCCUGUACUGUAUGACUUACGGGAAGACUCCAUUCCAAAGUAUCACCAAUCAGAUCAGCAAGCUGCAUGCCAUCAUCGAUCCCUCUCAUGAGAUAGAGUUUCCUGACAUCUCGGAGAAGGAUUUGCUGGAUGUGUUGAAGAGAUGCUUGGUACGAAACCCCAGAGAUAGAAUCUCUAUUCCAGAGUUGCUGGAGCAUCCAUACCUGCAGCUCAAGCCGCAAGCAUCACCAGAACCAGAAAAUCCUUCUAACAAUGAUCUUAAGAGGAUCCUGACAGACCUCGCAGCCCUCCAGUCUCCAAACAGCAUCAUCCGAGCAGCUAACAAUUUGGCAAAAAUGUGCAGCAGUGGCAGGAAGCUGGAUGUUGCAGAGUGUGCAAAGCCAUCAUCUUAACUGUUCUGGAAGAUGUUGUGGAUAUUUCUUCUUUUGUUGUUUUGACCCCCUUUUAACCACUAAAGUAAAGUUUCCUUUUUUUGUAAGCUGACAAAAUGAACAAAUCUGUUUUUCUUGAACCAAAAUAUCAAAUAGUUUUGUUUUUACUUAUGUUAGUAAAUAUAAGCAUACACCAAUUGGCCAUCAUUAAAACUACCUGUUAGUAUAGUAUUGAGUGCCCCCCCACCCCCGCACCACCAAAAAAGAAACAAAUAAACAAAAAAAAUGACCUGUUGUGACAUGGACACAAGACCUUCUGCAGUGGCUCAUCUGGAUCCUGUCAGUUGCAGGAUGGGGUCUCAUCACAUGGAUAUGGCUUGUUCCAGUGCAUCCUGCAAAUGUUAGAUUGGGAUCUAGGGAGUUCAGGGCAACACUUUUUGUGUUUUGAGGCUUUCCUAGGCACUUUUAGGGGUGAAAUGGGAUGCAUUUUCCUCCUGUUUUGGGGAGUGCUGUUGCCAUUAAAUGAUGUCCUUGGUCUGCAACAGCGUUUAGAUGGGUGGUACUUCUCAAAGAUCCGCCUGAAUGGCAGAACCCAUAAGUGUUAUUUGCUUAACUUGGUUUUAAUGUUCUGGUUUAUCAGUUUGUCCAGUAUAGUCAAAUAAACAUACUGUAUUGUACCAUAA